AUGGCGUCUCUGGUUACCUUCCCUUUCCUGACGCCUACUGAGUUCGAGAGCGCCUGUCGAGCUUUGGCUGAUCGCGCCCGCAGCUCGCAACGUGCGGAGACUUGGGCUCCUCGACUGGUCACACAGAAUGGAACCAGCCUGAGGAUCACCUGUUGGAAAGAUGUUCAGAUCGGCCCUCAGAUCGACGUCUAUGAUCUGGAUCAUCCCCAGGAGAACGAUCAGCCGGUAGAGGACGACGAUCCGGUUCGCUAG